AGGAGGCGCCGGAGGCACCCAGGAAGGCCUCGAAGGACCAGCUCAGACUCUUGGACAUCGAGGAGUCGCAGGAGGAGUUCAAGGCGCCCUUCGGGGGCGGGGCGGCGACGCGCGGCAGGAGAUGCAGAGCCCCAUCGUGGACAUCUUCCAGGGCCAGCUCCGGUCCGCGCUGGCGUGCCGGGAGUGCGGCUUCGUCUCAAAGACGUUCGACCCAUUCCUCCACCUCAGCGUGCCCGUGAAGCCAGGCAAGUCCAUGCUCAGCGAGUCCCUGGAGGCGUUUUCCAUGGAGGAGCCUCUCACCGAUGGGAACCGGUGGCUUUGCGAGCGCUGCGACAAGCGCGUCGACGCGACCAAGCGCAUGGAGCUGUACAAGCUGCCCCCCGCCAUCAUGCUGCAUCUGAAACGCUUCCGGUACGACGAGGCCUCGAGCAGCGUGAAGAAGGUGUUGGCCGACGUGUCCUUGCCAGAGGAGUCGCUGAUGGUGCCCCUGAACCUCGCUCCGUACGCGGUGUCCCGCCAGAAGGGCCAGGCGCUCUACGACAUCGUGGGCAUCGUGAACCACCACGGCAGUCAUGCGGACUGCGGUCAUUACACGGCGCAUUGCCGUCACUGUAUCGACGACUUGUGGUACAGGUUUGACGAUGACCAGGUUUCGCAGAUCUCGGCGCAGGAGGC